AUGUCAUCUGCUCAACAACCCCUACUCGGUGAACGAAGAAUCGGGUUCUCUCGUCGGGAAUACUCUUCUGUGUCUGACGGAGAGCCCCGCAUUACUCGAUGGAGAAGAUCUGCCCGUGAUUUUCUCACUUCGCGAUGGGGCCACUACAUUAUCCUUUUUCUGGUCACAGUCGAUGUGUGCUGUAGUUUUUCGGAUUUCCUAAUCCAGCUACAUAUUUGCGAGUUGAAACAGAGUCGCUUUGGGGUCGAUAAGGGAUGGGAAACCACACAGAAGGCGCUAGGUAUCGCGGGUCUCGUAAUCGCAUGCCUGUUUAUGGUAGAAUUAAUUGUUUCAGUGCUUAGUUUUGGGAAAGGGUACUUUUCGGAUUACUUCCAUAUUUUCGACUCCAUUGUAAUCCUGGUUGCUUUUACUAUUGAGGUCUCCGUUCGUGGCAUAGGAGAGGAACUGGGUUCACUUGUUGUUGUUCUGCGUCUUUGGCGUGUUUUCCAGAUCAUCGAGGAGCUGAGCUCUGCUGGUGAAGACACACUAGAACAGUAUGAGGAGGAGAUAAAGAGGCUUCAACAAGAGAAUGACGGUCUGCGACAGAGGUUGAGUUUGCCUUCCGAAAGGGUUGAGGGGGCUUGA